AAGCAGAGACUAGGUAAGAGAGAGAAACAGCAAGGGGAGGAGAGAGAACCAUCACAGACUCACAAUGGCUUCCUUCUUCUUCUCCUUCAAUCCCUCCCCUCGUUGACUUUCUCUCUCUAGAUUUUGUUUCUCUCAAUAAAAGGGCAAGCGUGGUGGAAGUCUGCUCCCUGUGAAGAGAAAGAAAGAAAGAGAUGAUCAAGAUGAAGAGUGCCAUCUUGGGGGGGCAGCUGCCCAAGUUCAUCGACCCACCACAGAUGGACGGCGACAGCAAGGCCCCUGUCAUCCAAACAGCGCUCGAUGCCGUCCGCCAGAUGCGAUCGGGCGGUGACGGCUGCCGCUUCUCCACCUUGCACUUCCUCACCAUCUGCAACUCUGCCGUGACCAUCUUGGACAAGAUCGGGCCGACCAUGAGGGUGUUGACACAAGAUCUACGGCAGAACAUCGAGAGACUGCAGACGAUGUACAAAACCAACCCUUCAUCGUUCUCGAGCUUGACUGAGAUCGUGAAGGAGGAGAUCGAAGAAGGCAGCGCAAGGAAGCCAUUAAGCUGCACCAGGGCCGUUCUUUGGCUCACCAGGUCUAUGGAUUUUGUGAUGAUUUUCCUGUCCAAAUUUGUGGCUGAUGCCGACCGCGAUCUCGUCCAGAUCAUCGAGGAGUCUUACAGUGCUACUCUGCAACCUUGGCAUGGCUGGAUUUCAUCCGCUGCCUACAAGGUUGCUCUGAAGCUGAUCCCCGAAAGAAAAGUUCUGAUGAAUCUGAUCAUGGAGGAAAGAGAAGAUCAUGGAGCGAUAAAAGAAGAAAUCAACAGCUUGGUGUCCUCUUUCACUCCGAUUCUCAAUGAGAUCCACGCUUUCUUGGUAACUUUACGCUUAGACAGGCUGAAAUCCUCCUAGGCACACACAAAGCAUCAGAUGAUAAAUGACCAUAUCAGAACUUCUCACUCUCAAUUGUAAAUAGUUGGAUCAACUUUCGUUGAUGAUGUAUAAAGAUGUACAUUAAGUUUCAAGCACGAAUUUUUCACAGUUGUAAA